UACGGUUUUGAAAAGUCUAGCAGGAGAGUGGAAAAGCAACAUGAGUAUAUCCUAGCUAGCUCCAUUUACUUUCAUCAGUGGAAGUCGUCGCCUGCGAAGUGAAACCCCUCACUCUCUCCGAUCUUCUUCUUCCUCCUCCUCUUCCGCUCACUCCGCCGAAUGGCCACAAACGCUGUCGUUUUAGGAGCAGCAUUUCUGCUUCUUCUCCUUCUCCCCUUCUCGAUCUGCGCAACCGUCAACCCGAUCUCCGAUUCUCACCGAUCCGCCGCAUCUACACUCUUCGAUCGAUCCUUUACCAGUGUAGAAGAUGCGUAUGAGGCAUUGAGAGUGUUUGAGAUUCUCGCGAUCGAUAACAAGAGGAGCACGGCUACUUGUCAAAAUGUGUUGGAUAAUCUGGGGUCAUCUACUCCUCUUAAGGAUUUGUUCUAUGCCUUGAAACUUAAUGGCAUAUUGAAAUGCGACGUUGAUGGGAAAGCUUUCAAGGAUGUUGCUUCAAAACUUAAAGCCACCGUCGCUGAUGCAAGUACUUUGCUUGACAUAUACUACUCCAUUGGAAGUUUGGUUCUUAUAAAGGAUCAGGAUUCUAAUGCUGAUGCAGUUCUUGCUGAUGCUGAUGGAGUUUUUCAGUCAAUCAAGGCUCUAAGCCAAAGUGAUGGAAGGUGGCGCUACAGUUCUGAUAACCCUGAGUCAAGUACCUAUGCUGCUGGAUUAGCACUUGAAGCUCUAGCUGGAGUGAUCUCACUAGCAUCUUCUGAAAUUGAUCAGAAUAAGGUCAGCAUAGUGAAAAAUGAUAUAGUGAAGCUUUUUGACAGCAUCGAGAAAUAUGAUGAUGGAACCUUUUAUUUUGAUGAGAAACUUAUUAGUGGACACGAGCAUUGGGGUUCUCUUUCCACAACUGCUUCAGUUGUUCGAGGGGUUACUGCAUUUGCUGCUGUAACUUCUGGAAAAAUAAAUCUUUCGGGGGAUAAAAUAUUGGGUUUAGCAAAAUUUUUCCUGGGCAUUGGAAUCCCAGGAGAUGCUAAGGACUUCUUCAAUCAAGUUGAAUCAUUAGCUUUUCUAGAGAGCAACAGGAUUUCCAUCCCAUUGAUAUUGUCACUUCCUGAAACAGUUUAUUCAUUGACCAACAAAGGCCAAGUUAAGGUUAGGGUAAAUACGGUGCUUGGUUCAGUUGCACCCCCUCUGACAGUUAAACUUGUCCAAGCUUUUAGCACUGGUGCAAAAGAUUCAGCUAUAAUUGACAACAAGGAGCUCCAGUAUAACAAGAAAAGUGGAUUUUAUUUCUUGGAUGCUCUGCCUAAGAAUGUGGAUGUCGGGACUUACGUGUUUGUUUUUGAGAUUGUGACUCAUGAUUCUGACAGUGAAAAAGUUUAUGCUACUGGAGGCCAAAUCCAUGUUCCAAUAUAUAUCACUGGAAGUAUUAAAAUUAGCAAUGCAGAAAUUGCAAUUCUGGACAGUGAUCUUGGAAGUGUUGAAACCCAUAAAACGCUAGAUUUGACUGGAAAUGAUGCUGUUUCACUCUCAGCUAACCACCUGCAGAAGCUGAGGUUUUCUUUCCAAUUGGAAACUCCUCAUGGUCACAUUUUUAAGCCUCAUCAGGCAUUUUUAAAGUUGAGACAUGAGACAAUGAUUGAACACAUCUUUUUGGUUGGAAAUAGCGGCAAGAAGUUUGAGAUUAUUCUUGAUUUUCUUGGCUUGGUGGAGAAGCUUUUCUAUCUCUCAGGCAAAUAUGACAUUGAGCUGACUGUUGGUGAUACUGUCAUGGAGAACUCUUUCUUACGGCUACUUGGGCAUGUUGAAUUGGAUUUUCCAGAAGCACCUGAGAAAGCAGCACGUCCUCCUACACCACCUGUUGAUCCUUACUCAAGAUAUGGGCCUAAAGCUGAGAUUAACCACAUCUUCAGGGUUCCUGAAAAGCGACCAGCCCAAGAACUCUCUCUUGCUUUCUUGGGGUUGAUCCUUUUGCCAUUCAUUGGCUUUUUGGUUGGGCUAUUACGUUUGGGGGUGAACCUAAAGAAUUUCCCCAGUUCAACAGUACCUGCUACAUUUGCCAUCCUAUUCCAUGGCGGUAUUGCUGCAGUUCUGUUGCUUUAUGUACUUUUCUGGUUAAAGCUGGACCUGUUCACUACACUCAAAGCCCUCGGUUUUUUGGGAGCUUUCUUGUUGUUUGUCGGACACAGGAUUCUUUCCCAUCUUGCUCAUACAUCAGCCAAGUUAAAGUCUGCAUGAACGAAAAACGGUCUAUUUAUAAAGAGAUGACAAGGGAAUUUGAUUUGUUCCUUUAAUGGAAUGGUACUAAUCCAAUUUUGUAGGACCUUUGUUGUAUUAUCUAAUGACAAAUUUAGAACUAAAUUUUAUCCUUUAGCACGGAGCUCAGUUAUAUCAUAAGAGAAAAGCUUUAACUUGAUCUUGGUUUAUUCUGAAUGAAAGCCGUUGUCAAUUGGAUCUGUUUUUACUCAA